UGCAUGCUCACAGAGUGUGACAGAGAUAGAGCGAGAAGGCAAGGAAGGAGGCACAGGGACAGAGAGAGGAGAGCACAGAGCUCUGCGAGAGGAGAUGGGGACCGGGCACUGAGGCAGAGGUAGCAGGAAGGAGCGAGGGCUGCACGCUAACGUGAGAAAAAGAGGGACAGUAGGAAGUCAGUGGAGGUGGAAGGGGAGGGGGGAUGCCAGGGGAUGGAGACUAGAAAUAGGUUUUACAGGACAGCAUUUGGUUCCUGCUUGCUGCAGCAGACAUGACUCUGGGCACCGGACUGAGCCGAAAUUAGCCGGGGGGACAACAAAAGGACACAGGGUCUUCGGAGGUGCUGCUUGUGCUUCAGUCCUGCUAAAUGCAGCAAAUCAGCUGAUUUAUUACUGAGGGGCUGGGUGGCAGCGUGUUUGUGAGUGGACGUGUGAGUGUCUGUGAUGUGUGGCGCUCAAGGAUGCGCGGAGCGACCAUUCCUCCAGUCAUGAAGUGACAUUUAGCAGGCAGGGCUUCGUGUUCUGGUGUGGAUCUGCAGUAGGAAGCAAGGAGAGAGGAAGUCCAGAGCUCACAUCGAGCAGGAAGUGCGUGUGUGUUUAUGGGGAGGUUAGCCAAAGUGGAUCAGCUGUAUGUAAGAGUGUGUUCAGGUUAGAGCAGCAAGGGUGCAGCAAAGACAAAGAUACAUAAUGCAAGGACGAGUGCCCAGCGACAUGGAUGGCACAGCUGAAGUAGAAGGAGUGCCUCGGGGGUAGGGGGGGACGAGGGGGGAGAGGGAGACAGACACCAGCUCGAGGACAGGAAAGAUGAAAGUGGAACAGUGAGAGGGUGAUCAUGGCUGUCGUACAGUGAGCUAUAGCAUAUGCUGUAGUGCAGAGCGGGAGGGGGGGGGGAAGCAUCACCGCACUGGGGAGGAGGUAGUGUUGGUAAGGGGGGUGAGGGGGGGGUGCAGUGAGUUCAGCACCCAGGAAGGGGACGCACCAUAGGACAGUCCCAUCAGGAGACCCCCUCACUGAGCCAGCGGCCAGAGGAGCUGGUGUUGGUUCGUCGGGUCUGACAUCGGUCCUGCGAGAAAGAAGAGUCCUGUUUGUUCUGACCCCAUCAGUCCAUCACCAUGGGAGAAUGGACCAUCCUGGAGAGGCUGCUGGAGGCAGCUGUCCAGCAGCACUCCACCAUGAUUGGAAGGUGGCCAGACAAAGGAGACCAAAGGGAUGUCCGUGUUGCUCUGUUUCUGCUGGAUAUGAUCCUGCUGACAGUGGUGGUGAUCUUUCGUAUCUUAAUAGUUGGGAUAGUUGGCGAGAAGGUGUAUGAAGACGAACAGAUCAUGUUCAUCUGUAACACUAUGCAGCCCGGCUGUAACCAGGCGUGUUACGACAAGGCGUUCCCCAUCUCGCACAUCCGCUAUUGGGUGUUCCAGAUCAUCCUGGUGUGCACGCCCAGCCUUUGCUUCAUCACCUAUUCUGUCCACCAGUCUGCCAAAGCACGUGAUCGAAGCUAUUCUUUGCUCCAUUCCCACAUGGACCACCAUGGGCACGGCCACCACGGCCGCCACCACGACCAUCAUGUUCGCAAACUUCAUUCCCGCAACAUCAAUGGCAUCCUGGUGCACCCUGAAAGCAAGGAUGACCAUGAUAUGGAUGUCAAGGAGAUCCCAAACGGACCCCGGGGGGCUAUCCCAACACACAAAAGUGCAAAAGUACGGCGGCAGGAGGGCAUCUCCCGUUUCUACGUCAUCCAGGUGGUGUUCCGGAACGCGCUGGAAAUUGGCUUCUUGGCCGGCCAGUACUUCCUGUACGGCUUUAACGUCCCAGGGAUGUUCGAGUGUGACCGUUACCCAUGUGUGAAGGAGGUGGAGUGCUACGUGUCUCGUCCGACAGAAAAAACUGUAUUCUUGGUCUUUAUGUUUGCCGUAAGCGGCAUAUGCGUUCUGCUCAACCUGGCCGAGCUCAACCACCUGGGAUGGAGGAAGAUAAAGUCAGCCAUGCAGGGCGUGCAGGCCCGGAGGAAGUCUAUCUGUGAAGUACGAAAGAAGGAUGUCUCACACCUGUCCCAGGCCCCAAACCUGGGCAGGACGCAGUCCAGCGAGUCAGCAUAUGUCUGACAGAGGCUUCCCCGCCCGGGAGCUCGAGGACCUUUAACACUUUGGGCCAGAGCGUUUCCCUGGCCUGGCCACUGAAUCCUCACCAUCACCAUUAAGAGCACAGACUCUGUGUAGUCACAACAAAAAAAAAGUCACCAAGCUGAGUUUUGUGGACACUUGAAGAGAAAAGAAUCACUUUCUUUAUAACGAGAGACCAAAAACGUCUUCUCCAUCUCUCUCGGUGACACCAGGUGCUUACAGAGAACCGAGUACUGAAACAUUUACAAAUAACACUAAGAGGUUCAAAAAAAUCAAUUGUUCUUUAAUAGUUGCCUUUGCUGUGGAUCAGAGAAAAGAUGAUAUCAUUUUCCAUAUAUGUGUGCAUAUGCAAUAGCUUCAGCGAGAGCAUGCAUGCAUAUGCAUGAGUGGGUGUGUUAGGGAAACUGAAUGCUAAAUUAUUCUGAAUUACGAAAGUAAGAUAGAAUAGUCACUUGAUGGAUGAAUAAGCACUUUAAAAAAAAAAAAAAACAACAUAAUCUAUUAGCACUAGAACGAUCAGCAUAAACUGGAACACACCAUUUAUUGUUGUUGCUGCAGGUUUUUUUUUGUUAUUUUGUUUUAUAAAGUCGCUCUUCUUUUUCUUGUGCUUUGUUGGAUUAGCUGCCGAGCAAAGGACAGAGCGAAGUUGAUUUUUAUUUCCAACACUGUGUCGGUGUACUUUGCUGCUCCUGGUUCCUCCCAGAGCGGCAAAGAAAUUCGUGCCAGUAUCUUCACUUUAGCUUGUAAGAUGCUCUUUAUGUUAGGAGAGCAGGAUGGAAAUACAUGCAAAACUUUCACAGUGAAACAGGGGGGAAAAAAAGAAAUAACUUUGUCACAAGUAUUUUAACGUGUAACCUCAAACCUUUUUCACAAGCACAUUUGGUGCCAUAUUUCAGAGCUACUGUACAUAGAUGAACUCUAGUUAAAUACACUUAGCCUUUUACCCUAUCAUGUAUGGAUAGGCUCUAUGUGGGAAGGCAGCAGCAGUUUGGGUGCUUCUGAUAAUUAACCAUAGAUUGCCUGCUUUAAUAAUAUUUAGCAUUGAUGUGCUUUUUGUUAUGCCUUCACUCUCCCUCAUAUGGAGACUCUAUGUCCCAAGAAGUGAUUUCUUUUCCCCCUCCUUGGACUUUGAAAAAGGCAUGUUACAGACGCAUUAAUAGAAUGGAAUAGAAUAUGAAAUGUAACUUAAAAAGACACAGUUUUAUUUAUUCGCAUCCUGCUCCAAUGAAAUGUAAUAAUCAGCAUGCAUGAAGAUGAAAAAUAUAAAGUGAUUGAAAGAAAUCCUGUUUUAUGGGAAAGCAUAAAAUCAGACAGGCGCCUCAACUGCAGCAAUAAUAGACAUCAAUAUGUGAAAAGAAAUAUGUGAAUAAAUGAUUAUGCAGUGAU